GCCAGUCCCAAGUUCUUCACAAUUUUUACAAUGUGCCCAAAUGGCUAGAAUAUUCCCUGUAGUACAUAGAUUCAGCUCAUCUUGGUGGUCUGAUGUAAAACUGGCUCCUCCUGAUCCAAUUUUGGGGAAGAUUGAUGCAUUCCACCGCGAUAGGAAUCCACGGAAGGUCAAUGUUGGCAUCGGGAUUUACAGGGAUGACGAUGGGAAGCCAUUUGUCCUGCCGAGUGUGGCAAAAGCUGAACAGAGAGUGUUUGAGAAGAAGCUGGACAAGGAAUAUUUUCCCCACACUGGCUGCCCGAAUUUUACUCGCCUUGCCACAGAGUUAGCCUUCGGUGCAGAUCAUCCCAUAAUCCAAGAUGGGAGAUUUGCAACAUUUCAGAGUAUCAGUGGAACAGGAGCUCUGCGUCUCACCGGGAUCUUCCUGAAGAAUUUCUUUCCAGGUGUGAGAGAAAUGUACCUGCCCAAUCCAUCAUGGGGGAAUCAUGAGAAUAUCUUCCGUAAUUCGGGAUUAACCAUGAAUUCCUACAAGUACUUUGAACCAGGUUGUUUUACAUUUAAUGAGAAGGUCGUCUACGAUGCAAUCAAUAAAAUCCCAGAAAAUUCCUUACUCCUGUUUCAUGCAUGUGGCCACAAUCCCACUGGAAUUGAUCCCUCACCUGAGCAGUGGAAGAAACUUUCGGAGAUUGUGAAGCGCCGCAAUCUCCUGCCUGUCUUUGAUCUCGUCUACAUGGGAUUUUCCAGUGGAGACAUUGAUAAGGAUGCCUUCGGGAUUCGACAAUUUGCAUCAGAUGGGCAUGAACUUAUUGUAACCCAGAGCUUUGCUAAAAAUAUGGGUCUUUAUGGGGAAAGGGUAGGAGCCGUAACGUUCGUUACGAAAUCUCCUGACCACACGCCGAAAAUCCUCUCGCAAAUUGAAUGUUUAGUUCAAGGAAUGUACUGGAGUCCCCCAAAUCACGGCGUAAGAAUUGCCACGGAAAUUCUCAGUGAUAAGGAGCUCUGUGCUGAAUGGAGAGCAGAUGUGAGACAAAUGACGGAGAGAUUAACUAAAGUUAGGCAUUUGCUGCGUAAUAAUCUCGAAAAGUGGGGCUCUCCGCGGGACUGGAAGCACAUCACGGAUCAUGUUGGGUGGUUCACGUAUUCUGGCCUGAAUUCCCUGCAAUGCGAAUGCCUCACGAAUAAAUACAGCGUACACAUCACGAAGGACGGAAGGAUGGCUCUCACGGGGGUUAAUCCUGGGAAUGUUGAGUAUCUUGCAUUUGCAAUCCGGGAAGUUACAAAUUAACCCAUAAUACAGUGAUGUAGGUGUUGUAUUCAGAGUGGAAAGGAUAACAGGGACUAUAUUUAGCUGCUUUUUAAUUGUUCGUUCAAUUGCUAAAUGUAUUAGAAUCUUAAAUUAAUUUCCUCGAUAGUAUAGUGAUCAGUAUCCUCUCCUGCCUUAACCUCUCUUUUCUUUGCGCUUUUUUC